AUGCCUCCUCGCAGGGCCCAUACUAAGUCUCGCCAGGGUUGUGAUCAGUGCAAAAGACGUCGCGUCAAGUGUGACGAAAAGGGGCCACCGUGCUCCAAUUGUAUCUCACGGGAACUGACAUGCUCUUAUCUCAGAGCAUCGUCUCGGCCGGAGACCCGGGGUGACCAGACCCCGGCCCCGCUGGCGACGGUUCUUCCAAGUCCCCCGCAACCGCUGGGGAUCCCUAGCCCUGCAGCCUCUACUCCCCCGAAUGUUUCGGGGGUGCGAGAAUUGGAGUUGAUGCACAAAUACUCUACAGAGACAUACAAGAGCUUAUGCACCUCCAACUCUGGACACUAUGUUUGGCAAAUUGCCAUUCCUCGCCUGGCUCUGCAAUAUGAUUUUCUCAUGAAUGGAAUUCUGGCCUUGGGAGCUCUCCACAUUGCUGCCACCUUGGAACCACCCGCUUCCUUGGCGUACACUGACACGGCCCUGCAGUACCACAGUCUGACGUUUGCACCAUACCGGUUUGCAGUUGAUCACAUCAACCCAAUGAACUGCGAAGCUGUCUUGGCGCAGUCUAUCAUCACCACUGUGAUAGGCAUAGCCCUUCCGAGGGUGAGCUCCGCGCGUGGGGAGAGUUCAAGCAUUACUGAGAAUAUUGUCGUGGUAUUCGAGCUUCUACAGGGCGUGAAGAAAAUACACAGAAUCGGUGAAUCCUGGAUUAAACUAGAGCUUUUUGCUCGCCGAAGAAAUUAUUGGGAUCCAGAAUCAGUUGGCUUGGACAGCGAAACCCAGAUUGCUCUUGAACGAUUGGGGGCUCUAAAUGAUGAAAGUCUCGCCAGCAUCGAUCCAGAUCAGCACCAGAUCAACAAAGAUGCCAUCGCCUAUCUGCGCCACUUUUCCACCCGAGUUGCCAACGAAGUAGACGCAGCAAACGUUCUGGCCUGGCUAGCUAUGGUUGAUAAAGAAUUCGUGGACAAUCUCCGACGUCGACAGCCUCUAGCAUUGCUGAUCCUCAUGCAUUGGGGAGUACUGCUUGGCGAGCUAGAUGGUCAGCACUGGUGGGCCCGUGAUUCAGGACGAGCUUUGGUCUCUGAACUGCUCAAGACUCUGCAUCCUGCUGAUGCUCAGUGGGCAAAGGCGGUGGCUUGGCCUCAGAAUAAGAUGGCCCUCUGA